GGAGCGGAGACGUUUACAUAUUUCAAGUUAACUGUGGAGAAAACUUUCCUUCAGUGAGGAAUAAAAGACGAACAUACAGAGAAGCUGGUCUGCUGCAGUGAUGUCUGCCCUGUGGUGGCCCCUGUCGGACUCCAAUGGCACGACUCCCGCCGGCUUCCCGGACAACGGGAGCUGCUUCAGCGCCACACAGAGCACCGUGCUAAAGGGAGUCGGCUUUGGAGGAGUGCCAAUCGUGCUGCUGCUCGAUUUCUGUGUCUUUCUGGUGUUGCUGAUGGUCUUCUCUAUUAUCAGGAGGAAGUUCUGGGACUACGGGCGUCUGGCAUUAUUUACAGACGAAGGGUUCACAGAGUCAACACACCGGCGCUAUGGACACAAGUCUUCCGUAGCGUCCAAUACGGAUGACCCUGAGUAUGAAUUGGGAUUUUGCUCUUGGCUGCCUUUCAUCCUCAGAAUGGACGAGGGAAAAAUAAAAGCCAGGUGUGGCAUGGAUGCUGUUCACUACCUGUCCUUCCAGCGUCAUCUGAUCGUCCUGCUGAUCGUCUUAACCAUCACCUCGCUCUCAAUCAUACUGCCUGUCAACAUGACGGGAGACCUGCUGGGUAAUGAUCCAGAGAGUUUUGGAAGGACAACGGUGGGAAAUAUCCAAAUGGGAAGCAACAUGUUAUGGCUGCAUACAGUGUUUGCAGUUCUGUACCUGAUCCUGACUGUUGUUAUGCUGCGGCAUCACACGUCACAGAUGAAGGGCAUGCGCAGAGAGACGGCGAGAGACACUUUGUUUGUGUGUUCAGUCUCUAAAACGGCGACAGAGGAAUCUGUAAAGACCCAUUUCAUAGAGGCGUACCCUUCCUGUCGAGUGUGUGCUGUGACCCUGGGCUAUAACGUGGCCAAGCUCAUGCACCUGGAUAAAGAAAAGGAGCGAGCUGGAAAAAACCUGCGCUACUACGAGCGUGUCCUGGAGAAAACAGGGGAACUUGAGUUGAUUAACCCCCGUUUGUGCGGUCACCUCUGUUGCUGCGCCAGCUCUGAGAAGGUUGAUGCCAUAGAGUUCUACAGAACUCAAGAAAAAGACCUGCUGGAGGAGGUGAGGAAGCAGACGGAGCUGGUGCCACAGCGCCCCCUGGGGAUGGCCUUCGUCACCUUGCAGACCGAGGCUAUGGCCAAAUACAUCCUGAAGGACUUCAACGCUCUGGAGUGUGGGGGCACAGGCUUCCUCUGCGGGAGGACGCCCCAGCCGUCAUCCGAGAGCUCAACUCUGAAAGUGAACAAGUGGAGCGUCAGCUUUGCACCCCAUCCCAAAAAUGUGUUCUGGGAGAAUCUGUCACUGCGUGGUUUCCACUGGUACAUGCGCUACUUGAUGCUCAACUUCCUCCUUUUCUUCCUGCUCACCUUCCUCACGACUCCCACCAUCAUCAUCAGCACCAUGGACAAGUUCAACGUGACGAUGCCCAUCUACUAUCUCAAUAGUCCCAUCAUCAGUCAGUUCUUCCCCACUCUGCUGCUGUGGUCCUUCUCUGCCCUGCUGCCUACCAUAGUUUACUAUUCUACAAUAGGAGAGGCACACUGGAGCAGGUCCAGUGAGCAGCUGAGUAUGAUGCGUAAGCUUUACUUCUUCCUGCUCUUCAUGGUGCUGAUCCUCCCCUCGCUGGGGCUCACAAGCCUUGCGGUGUUCUUCCGCUGGCUGUUUGAUAAGAAGUUUCUCGCUGAUGGGAAACUGAGGUUUGAAUGCGUGUUCCUACCUGACCAGGGGGCAUUUUUUGUCAACUACGUCAUCACAGCGGCCCUAGUGGGCUCUGGGAUGGAUUUGCUGCGGUUGCCAGGGUUACUGCUUUACAUCAUUCGCAUGGUGUUUGCGCGCUCUGCUGCUGAAAGGAAAUAUGUCAAACAGAACCAGGCCUAUGAGUUUGAAUAUGGAGCCAUGUAUGGCUGGUGCCUGUGUGUCUUCACUGUCAUCAUGGCUUACAGCAUCAUAUGUCCUAUUAUUGUCCCUUUUGGCCUCCUGUACAUGAUGCUGAAACACCUGGUGGACAAACACAACAUGUACUUUGCCUACCUGCCUGCUCGCCUCGACAGCCAGGUGCACCUGGGAGCUGUCAAUCAAGCCUUGGCUGCACCCAUCAUCUGCCUGAUAUGGCUCUACUUCUUUUCUGUCCUCAGACAAGGUUUCUGGGCUCCCCCCGCUCUGUUCACUCUGGUGGUCCUGUGUAUCACCGUCUUCAUCUGCAUCGGCUACACCUGCUUUGGUAAUUUCAAGUACCUCAGUCCACACAACUAUGAGGUGAAAGAGGAGGACGAGGACACAGAGAAAGGAGUGGAAGAAAACACCAUGGUCUAUCUCCCCAGAGUGCUUGAUCCCAAAUCGCCUGCCAGCGCACAAGAGGGAUCUAAAAUACCCUCUUACGGUUCUACGGUGGGGAGCCCCGCCCACAGCACCAGCCCCUUGGCGGAGAGCGUGUCGGAUGGCUGAAUCAGCGUAUCCCAGAACUGAGUCAAAGCUUGGGAGGAUGCCCAUGACUUAUUGGAUGUAAAAUCUGAUUUCUGAUCAGUUCUGCAUUUAAGUUGGCAUUUGAAUUCCCUUCCACUGCUGAGUAGGAUGAGACAUUUAUUUUGAGAGAAAGAGAACAACGUGCAACUCUUAUAGCACUGUGUCGCCCAAAUGCUAAAUGGUAUAUGGACUGCAUAUAUCAUCCUAUGUCUUUGUGACCCUUCAAAAUUAUUUUUCAUGUACAAGUCGCAUACGCACAAUAAUACAGAGGCAGGGGCUUCGUGAGACAUUCACACACACCAUUGGCAAUGUCAUGAAGAGCAAUUUGGGGUUCAAAAACUCAGCCCAUUGGACAGUUUUACAUGUUGACAGCAGGGGCUGGGGAUCAACACCAAUCAGACCUCCUGAUUGAUGGACGACCACUUAGCUUCAUAAGCCACAGCCGCCCAUUGGCCGACCAAAAGUUAGUAAAUGUAUGAGUUAAAAGUAAAAGUAGGGGACAGUGUUUUAGAGCAAAAAUAGCUUUUUAGGAUUUAUUAUAAUAUAAUAAUUUAUGUUCUAUCUGAUAAAUAUUUGCACUUGAUCAGCAUAGCAGACACAACCUGCUGAGUCUUCUAUUUGAAGCUUAUCAAUCAUAAAGCACAGUUCAUUUUUGUAUUUUCUGUAAAAGACCUCUCUGCAACAAAUUAAUUGCCAAAAACCUGACAUUACAAACAAACCAGAUCCAUAUCCUGCACUAAUCAUGCAAGGAUUACCAGAACAAGAGAAUCCAGCCAGCAACACUGAUGCCAAAGAGGUGAACAGGCAGAGCUUUCCGUUUGUUAAGAUUUCUUCACUGCGCCUUUUGUGAUGCGAUAUGUCAACACCUGCCAAGGGAAUAACUUAUUUCCUCAUGUUCAUAAUGCACUUUUUGUAUCAAGAGAGGCCUGUUUUGUGUCGACUAACGUAACCUUUAAGUGGGCUUUAAUAUUGAAACAUUGUUUUUAUCAGUAUUGCAGGGGUUUUGCAACCAAAACUGUUAUUUUUCCACAUAUGAUUUUAAGUGUUAGGGUGGGAUUAUAUAACGAUUAGAGCCAUAAAGCCAUUCUUUUUUCAAUCAUGCUGUCCCAUAAAAGAAGGAUUUUUGAUUAAGAACCAGGUCAAUUUUUAUUUGUAUGUUAUAUUUUUUACUACUAUACCUGUAUGUUUUUGCAGCUGUAUAUUAACAAGUACUAAAGGCAUAAUUGUACCUGUGCAAUGGUUUGUAAUAAUGGUGCCGAGAAAUAAUACAAAUGUUC